AUGUCUACUACAACCACUACAACUACAACUACCACUACCACAUCUUUCCCUUCAGUAUCUCACAAAAACCCUUACUGUGUAGCCCCGCCAUGUGCUUUCAAACCACUUCGUAAACGAACACUUGCUCCUAUCAAACACAACAGCCAUCACAACAACAAGCUCCAUACUUUCAGUGAUCGCGUUCCUCUCCGAAAAGUCAUCCCCACAUCUUUCACUGACAUGUACACCCUAGAAGUGCUCCAAGACAAGCGUUUGCUUACGCCGGCUGGCCGGCCAAGCUUUACCCAGCGCGCAAUUGUGGAUUGGGAAAAAAAUGAUGUUCGCUCUCUUUUAAUUCUUGACUCACCGCGCUCUGAAUGGUGCGCAGCUGGACGUAUCCCAGAUAUCAUCGAGCCUGGUUUCCGCAUUCAGAUUCUACCGCUGACAGCUUCAGAUGAUGAAAUCAUCCAAACCCUAGUAACAUCUGAUCUCUACAAGGAACAUGGCUUUGAACAAGCCUUUUUGCUCCAAACAGCAAUCUACACUGUUCAAGCUGCACGAGCACGACAAACAAACAAAUUAGCCUCGUUUACAAAACCAGAAUGGCGAAACAUAGUUGAAAACUAUCUCCUUAAUCUUGCAUGCGAAGCCCAAUGUCGCCUUGAUUUUCAGAAAAUCUGUGCCUACACUAAACGUCAAAAGAAGUUGGAACUAUCUGCUCGCGAAUCAUCAUCUUCUUCUUCUUCUUCACUUUCUACAUUAUCCUCUACAAAGCAUUCCCCAAACUCGACUUCUACAUCUCCCUUGCUGCGCAAGGCUUUAAUGACAUGUAUUUCUACUUCUCCAGAAUUCAAGUCUCAAAUGGAGGCUGUCAUGAGAACAAAAGUCACUCUUUCCAAAGCUGAAAAACAACAAAUCUGGGUAAAGGUUCAGGCUGACCUUUAUGCUCGUCUGGAUCUUAACUGGCAGCCGGAUGAGCUUAUUUGA